AUGGAUCCCGUUAAUAUUUUAAAAGAUGGAGAAAAUAUAAAUAAGCCUAAUUACUCAAAUAACUACGAUACAAAUAGUUACUCGGUAGGGGAAAAUACUGACGCGUUUAAAAGAGAAUAUAUUCAUAGUAACAUUAAAAACUUGAAUUUAGUUCAAACAAUAAAUACGAAUGAUAAUUUACAUCAAAAAAAAAUUAAUAUUAGUCCAAGUGAAAACAAAAAAAUGGCUUUGCUAAAGGAAAAAUAUGUUUACCAAAAUUUAGAAACAAAUAAUGAGCAAAAUGAAAACUAUCCUUCAAAUAUAUAUCUUAAUAACAGUGAUAUGAAUAUUUUUGGUAGUGCUAAUAAUACCAACAUAAACAAUUAUGGGGCACGAAUAAAAAUAUCUAACAUAGAAUCUACGAUAAAAACAAAAGAAAAUUCUAACAAUUCAGAUAUAGUAAGAAGCUUAUUUGAUGCAAAUAAAUUUAGAAUUCAAAAAGUGAGCGAAGCUAAUAUAGCUAGUAAUAAUAAUAACAGUAACAAUAAUAAAGAUAACGGGGUGAAGAAAAAUUUGACGAGUAUUCUGCCCCUUGAUAAAAUGGUAGAAGAAUGUGAUAUUAACAAUUUAAUGUCUACAAAUCAUUUCAAAGAUUUAUAUAGCCAUCAUAAUAAAUAUAUUGAUAAAAAUUAUCAAACAGAAUCUAAUAACGUAGUUUUUUUAAAUGCUUAUAACGAGAGAAAAAAUAUUAUUCAAAUGGAUCAGAAUACACUUUCAAAUAAAAUAGAUGUAUCACAUUUAUCGAAGGAAAAUAUUUCGUUAAAUAAAGGUUAUGAUAAUUAUAUGAAUAAUAGAAACACUCCUUAUACUAACGAAAUAAAUUUGUCUGGAAAAUAUAUUGAAAAUACAUUUUCGUCUGAAAUUAAUAAAAAUAUAGUGAACCCCAAACAGGACAUUGUUAAAGAAUCUUAUAUGACAAACAAUAUUAGUAUUGAUAAUUUUUCUAAAUUUAUUGAAAAUCCCCAAAAUGAAAACAACAAAAUAAUAAAUGAUAAUGAAUUUUGUAUACAAAAUAGAACUAAUAUGAAUGACAUUCCAUUUAAUGGCGAUCAUAAUUCUAAUAAAUUUUACGACGAAAAUCAAAACAUUAAUAAUUUUAAUAACACUAAAAAUUCAAAACCUACAAAUGUUUAUACUGAGGAAGAUGAAAAUAACAUACAAAAUAAUUUGUUUGAAGUUUAUGAUUAUAAAAAAAAUAAAAAAAUAAUUUAUUAUAAUGUAAAAAAUCACUAUAAUCCAUAUAAUGAAGUAAAGAAAAAGGAAACAAACAAUCAAAAUAUAUAUGAUAAUAAAAUAUAUGAAAAUGAUAUAUAUGAUUAUUUAUUACAUCAAUAUGAAACAAAUUAUAAAAAUAUAAUGGAGAAAAAAUUUUCUACUUCUAAUAAAAGUUUUGCAAAUGGACAAAAUGAAUUCAUUUUAAAUGGAGCAAGUUUAAAAAAAAAAUUUUCAAGAAUAUUUAAAAAUUUAGGUAUCAGUAGUACUGAAAAUAAAAAAAUGGAUACGUUUUCACAAUUUAAUGAGCAAAAUACUAAUGAAAGUAUAAAUUACAAUGAUUAUAAAAAUAUAAUCAAAGAUGAAAAGAAUAACCCAUAUACAAAUCCUUCAAAUUCGAAUAUUAAUAGCGAUUUCAACGAUCGUAAUAUGUCUGAUAUUACUCCACUUUGUGAAGAAAAUCGUGAUAUUUACUUUCGAAGUGGCAAUAGUUUUGAUUUAUCCAAUGAUACUUCUAUGGAUAUAUUUAAGAAUACAAAAGAAAUAUAUACGGAAAAACCAAUAUUACUCUUGAAUUAUAUUAAAGAGGAUGCUGUUUACUCUCGAGAUUUUAAAAGUAAAAUAGAAAAAAAGAAAAAUAAUGAUGAAGAUAUUCUAAAAAUGAAUAAGGGAAUUAAAAAAAAAUUAAAAAAAAUGAAAUAUGAUAACACUGUUGUUAUUAGUAAUAUAGGCAGAAAAAUAGGAUCAACCACUUUUUCUAGCCAAAUAAUUUCUGAUACUCCUACUAUACUCAAUGAUGAAACAUAUUUUACCGUAGAUAAUAAUAAAGAAAAAAAUUGUAUAUAUUCUUAUAUCGUAUCUAACGAAAAUCAAAUCAAUUAUGUUUAUUUAGAUUAUGAUAAAUUAUCAAAAAAAGAAGAUACACCAAUCAGAAACGAUAACACUAGCAAUAUUAGCAGCAAUGAAACGUUAGAUAAAGAAAUUUUAAUUAAUAAUAAAACUGAUAUAACAAAAAAAGACAACAACCAUAAUAUAAACAAGUUACUCACAUUUUCAUUCUACUUUUCAAACAUAAUAAUGAUUCAUAUCGAUAGUCAAAAUUGCUUAGAAAUCUUUUAUUUGCUAUCAGAUUAUUAUGAUAUUAUUAAAAAUAUUCAAAAUGAUAUAAAGUAUAGGGAAAAAAAAAAACAAAAUAUUUUAGAAGAAAAAAAAAAAAAAAAAGGUAAAGCAAAUAAUAAUAAUCGAAAUAGCAAUGAUGAAGAAAGAAAUAUUAAACUACCAAAUAAUCAUGAUCGAACAAGGGGACCCAAAUAUUCGAAAUUAGAUUCUUAUGCUGAUAAAUCUUUUUUAGAUGCUUCAUCGAUAUCCCUUUUAGAGACAGAAUUAAAGGAAAAAUUUGAUGAAAACAAUAGUGAUAAUAAUAGUAAAGAAGACAGUAUCAUAUUUGAUAGCGAUGAAGAAAAUAAACAAAAUGAAGGUUUGCAAGUUCCACAUUUUUUCUUCAUUUUAAGAGAUGUAAAUGAAAAUGAACUUUUAAAUUUUAAAGACGAAAAUGAAAACGGUUCACUUUCUAUACAUCAAAAUAAAGAUAAAAUAAAUCGUUCGAAUAGUGAAAACCCAUACAAUUUUACUGAGAAAAGUGAAUCAAUCAAUGAUAAUUAUUCUAAAAAUUACUUUAACUUUUUAAUAAACAAAAUAAAAAAUAAUAAUAUCAAAAAAAAAGUGAAAUAUUUGAUAAAAUUUUUAGGAAAAAAAAGUCUUUUUCUUUUCCCGUCCUUGUGUAAGAAUAACAAUAAUGAUAGAACCGAGAUAACUACACAAUAUAUGUCCGAAUUAAAAAAUUUAAAAAAAGAAUUAUAUAUACAAGGAAGAAGUAUAGAUAAUAUGCAUAAGCAUGAUGGAAAAUACAUGUAUAAAUAUUUAAAUAUGCUAAUUUAUACAACAAACAAUAACAUUUUUUAUAGUCCUAAUCAUAUAAAAAAAAAAAUCGAACGCUUUGAAAAUAAAAUAUUAUACAAUAUUCUAACAGAUAAUUUUUUACUUCAUAUUCGAAAUAAAAUAGAAAACAAACUACCUAUGAAACCAAAUUUAUUUUUAGCAUUAAUUAAUCAAAUAAAAAUAGAAUUUCUUGUAACAUUUGAUAAAUUUUCUAUAGGAAAUACAGAAAUCAAAAAUAGGUAUAGAACUCAAUUGUGUAAUAAUAUCGAUAUUAUCAUAUUAAAAGCUUAUAAGGAAAAUAUAGCAUAUAGCUGUUUUACCUUUUAUAAUUUAAUAGAUAAUAAGAUUAGUGAAUUAAAUAUUUAUGAAAAUAUAAAUAAAAAAAAUUAUCAAAAUUUUGAUCAUUUACGUAAAGAUAUUAACAAGUUAAAUAAACAAGGCAUAGAUAAUCUUAUAUAUAAUGAAAUUCUUAGUAUAAAAAAAGAAGAAAUGUUUACACAUUUUAUUAAUACAUACUAUGAUGGUAAUAUUUCACCCUCAAGAGAAGAAGACGAUGAAAAAUCAGAUUAUGAAUCAUCUCCUUUUCCAAGAUUGCAAAAGGAUAAUUUAAAAAAAAAAAACACAUAUAUAAAUUAUCAAUCUGAUGAUACUAUCGAUUCAGUAGAAUAUAAUAAAAAAAUUACCAAAAAAAAAAGUAGUAUGGGUACUAAACCUUUACAUAAAAAUGAAAAUAUGACAACUAUUUUGAAAAAAGAAAAAACCAAACCAAGUCUAAAAUUAGAUGAAAAAUAUGAUUAUAGCGAUUGUUCUACUAAUUCUUAUGGAAAUAGUGUAAUAAACAAAAGUAGAAAUUUGGAAAGAAAAAAAAGUAAUUCAUAUAAUCAUUCGAUACUAGAAAAAAGACGUUCUAAUAUUAGCAGAAGUAUUUCAAAUAAAACAAAUAAUAAGCAUAAAAAUUUAAACGAAAAAAGUAAAGAUACAAAUACCUUGCGUAAAGGUAACGGAUCGAGCUCAAAUAAUUUUUCAAUAAAUAAAAAUAUGUCCAUUAAUUUAGAUAUGUUAGUGAAAAGGUACAACCGACGAAAUUCACAAAGUAGUUCGAAGGUAUUAUUACAAAAAAAAAAUAAAUCAGAUAUUGAACUAAAUAAUAACCAGAAAAAAAAUAAUAAUUACAGAAAAUAUAAAACUGACGGAAAUAUUAAUACUCAUUCGAAUAGUAUCAAAAAAUAUAUGACCACUAAUGAUUAUUUAAAAAAUAUUGAUCUUUAUGUUAAUAAAAAAAUGAAUACAACAGACUUGAAUAAACCAAAAAAUAAAUCACCCAAAAGAAGAAAUACAGAAAAUUAUGGGAAAAAGAAAAUCAGCUUUAAUGAAAAUAAUAUAUUAAAAAACUCUAAAACUUUUGGAGAAGAUAAAAAAAAUAUUUUUAAAGAUGAGUAUUUUGGAGAUCAUCAAUUUUGGUCUUUUGAGAAAAAAAAUGAGGACAAUUUUCAUAGUAAUAGUAUCAUUGGUAACAGUAAUAUAGGUAAUAAUAAAUUUGUAAUCAAAACUGAAAAUAAGAAUGGCAGUAACAUUGAUGCAAAGAAUAAGAAAAAGAUAAAUUGUCUUCCGAUGAACAAGAAAAAGUAA